AAAAUGUCCUACUUCCACAUCUAGAUAUGGUCUUUGAGAUUGGUGGCCCCGAUGGCACAUAUGAUAAAGUAGAUGAAGUUGAGUUUAUUACUAAGAGUAGGACUAACUCCUACCGGGCUGGCAGCAUCCUUAACUUCAUGUCUGGAUUGGAUUUGUCAUGUAACAAACUAACAGGUGAAAUACCUUUUGAACUAGGGAAGUUAAGUAAUGUUCGUGCACUGAACUUGUCUCACAAUCUCUUGAUUGGACCCAUCCCGAAGACCUUCUCAAACCUUACUCAAAUAGAAAGUUUGGACCUUUCUUACAACAAUUUGAGCGGAAACAUCCCAACAGAUCUAAUCAAUCUAAAUUUUUUGGCAGUGUUCAUUGUGGCUCACAACAAUUUAUCAGGUAAAAUAUUAGACCGGAAGGCACAGUUUGGGACCUUUGAAGCGAGCAGUUAUGAGGGAAAUCCAUUUCUUUGUGGACCACCAUUGGAGAACAAUUGCACAGCCAUUGUUGACUUGCCAUACUCGCCAACAACAGCAUCCUUAGAUGAAACUAAGGGGAAAUGGUAUGAUAUCGAUCAAGUGGCUUUUUCUGCAAGUUUUGUCGGAACAUACAUUACUUUCUUGUUUGGAUUUGCUGCUGUUCUUUACAUCAACCCGUACUGGCGACAAAGGUGGUUCUAUCUGAUUGAAGAGGGUAUGUGGUCAAGUUAUUAUUUUGUUUGUAAUACUGUUUACAAGCUUUUACGUUUUCAGCCUUCUGUAUAAUUAGCUAUGCAUGGUUUGUUUUCAUGGACAAGCACAACAAAUGUUUGUAAUAGUUAACUUUCUAUUUCUUAUGAAUAAAAAACAAC